AUGGCCCCGUCUGCUACCUCCCCAGUCACGGUCCUCGAGAAGGAGGAUCACGCCCGCGAUGCCGCCUUCAACAAGGCGCUUCAUGGCAAGUCGGUUGAAGCCUCUGGUGGACUGAUGGCCAUGCGCACCAAGGACAAAGCGGCGCAGAAGGCUGCGGUCGACGAGUACUUCAAGCACUGGGACAAUAAAUCAGCAGCCACCGAGACUGAAGAAAUUCGAAAGGCAAGAAGAGAUGAAUACGCGACAUUGACAAGACAUUACUACAACCUCGCCACUGAUCUGUACGAAUAUGGAUGGGGUACUUCGUUCCAUUUCUGUCGGUUUGCUGCAAAAGAGUCGUUCUACAAGGCCAUUGCCCGUCACGAACAUUACCUGGCUUUGAAAAUGAACAUGCAAGAGAAUUGGCGCGUCCUGGAUGUCGGCUGCGGUGUUGGAGGCCCUGCGCGAGAGAUGAUCAAGUUCACAGGGGCCAACGUUGUUGGACUGAACAAUAACGACUAUCAGAUCGAACGGUCGCUGCGAUAUGCAAAGAAGGAGGGCCUCGCAGACAAAUUCUCGGCCGUCAAAGGUGAUUUCAUGCAAAUGUCCUUUCCCGACAACAGCUUUGAUGCUGUAUAUGCCAUUGAGGCCACCGUCCACGCCCCGAGCUUGCAGGGAGUGUAUGAGCAGAUUUUCCGGGUGCUGAAGCCUGGUGGAGUCUUUGGAGUGUACGAAUGGCUUAUGACCGACAACUACGACAACGACAAUCCCCAACACCGCGAGAUCCGUCUAGGCAUCGAGCAGGGAGACGGCAUUUCCAACAUGGUCACAGUCUCAGAAGGGUUGGCCGCUAUCAAGGCUGCUGGUUUCGAGCUGGAGCACCACGAAGACCUGGCCGAGAGACCGGACGCGAUCCCGUGGUACUACCCUCUCGCAGGCGAAUUCAAAUACAUGGGCAGCAUCGGCGACAUCUUCACCAUUGGGCGCAUGACAUGGUGGGGACGAGGGUUGAUCCAUAAGUUUAUUGGGGUGGGCGAGACUCUGAGAGUGAUGCCCCGUGGCACGCAGAAGACGGCGGACAGCUUGGCACUAGCGGCUGACUGCUUGGUUGCUGGUGGGAAACAGAAGCUGUUCACACCAAUGUACUUGAUGAUUGCGCGGAAACCCAAAGUCUGA